AUGGCGGCGGCGGCGAUUCGAGGCACUGGAGCAAGAGAGGAGGCUCGAGGAGGGAAGGAGUGGUGGCGGCGUGCGAUCGCGGUGCCGGUGCUUCCCUUAAAUAGGGCGGGGAUUGGAAGGAUGGCCGGGUCGCGGAACUUAAAAGCCGGUCAUCAAUGGCGGCCGCGGUGGCAAGUGUGGUCGUUGUGGUGUGGGAGGGAGCUCGGGAGGGCGAGGCAGACUCAGCGAGCAGAGAGGAGUCCGAGGGCACUCUUUAUAGGGGCGGAGGAGAGGAGGAGAGAGCCGGGUCGCGAGCUUCACGUGCAGGCCGUCAAUGGCGCCGCAACUCUGACACGUCGCGUGCGGGAUGAACAGAUCGAGCGAGGGCAGGUGCGGCUGGCAGGUGUAGGCUCGGUCCACACGGGUGCGGUGGACGCGGGGAGGAAGCCUGGGUGGCCGCGCCGCCCCAGCAGCAGCAGCCACGGUGGCCAUGCCGGUGGUGGCCCUGCUUGGCCAUGGUGUUGCUUGGAGGGGGAGGGAGGAGGGAGGAGGGAGGACGCGGUGCGGCUCGGAGGAGGGGCGCAACCGCCGUCGACGGUGGCGCUGUGGGGCCGAGGUGCUGUUCGGAGAGGGAGAAGGGAGGACGCGGUGCUGCUCGGAGCAGAUGGGGAAGAAGAAAGAGGAGCUACCAGUUUUGCACUGAGCUUAAAUAGAUUAAAUAACUACCAUCGUUUCCCCAUUAAAAAACAAGUGCACUGUUGCUUCCCGCGCAUCAUUUUCCCUUCCCUUGUGUCCUGGGAUCCUGUCUUUUUGUUGGCACUACUGUUGUUCUAUGCUGACAAUGGAAUGGUUGGAUCUACUGAUAGGGAUGUACUGGAUGAGGUGGAGAUCCGACAGCUGCUCAUUGACCAUAUUGGACAUCGAUGCUGUUGGGGAAGUCACCCUGCCCGCACAUGGAAAAUUACCUCCAUUGAGGACUGCAAUGUCUAUGUUGGCACCUUGGAAACCUUCAUCGAGGAAAGGCACAUUAUUACAAAAAAGGAACCCUACAAAAGUGGGAGUAUAGAUGGAAGAGAAAAAGGUCCUUUGCUUGGAUUGUGGUAA